CGAGAUGACAAACAUGAGCUGUGAAAAAAGCCUUUUUAAGCUAGAAAUGCUUUCGUAAUUCGUAUACAUUGGGCAGAAUAAAAAAAAAUAUCGGUCAAUCAAUCGUUUGACAUUUUAAGUGAAAUGUGGCUCAUAUAAAAAGGAAACAACCAAGUGUGAUCUAAGAAACAGUACUUACAGUACACAGAUGACGCCAGCUAUCAGGAAAAAAUUGGAAAAUAUAAAUUAUGCUCAGAAUGAUAGGUCCUCCCUGGGGGCAACUCAGCCCUACCUUCACUUCAACGGUGGUAUCCCUGACUGUGGGCAUGAUACCUCUACUUUUCAGGUUGUGUGCAAAUGUAUGCCGACACCUUUUAUCAUUUACAAAAGCCUACAACUUCAAGCUCAGAUAUAUUUUUAGAUGGCAGUAUCAUUAGCAAAUAGUAUAUAGUUUCCAUUUUUGUGGCGGCAAAUCAUUGAUGUAUAAAUAAAUAAAAACGGCCC